UGGCGGUUGCAAAGAGAAGAUUUUCCUAUAUUCAAUAUCAAAAUUAUUCCAUCAUGACAAAGAGCGACAAGUUUUUGCAUGAUUUUGUCGGAGUAAGUUACACAGAGUUUUGUUCUUACAUUCAUUUGACACCAUCAUCCAGCCUGCACUUCACGGCAUGACAUCGCUAACAUCUCGUUCUAAUUUUCCCCUAUAACAUCAUUCAGACGCUAACUCAAAACAUGUUGCAUCCAGUAUUGCAACAAAGAAGAGUCAAUAACGACAAUAGUAACAGCCAUGAUAUUCGCAACGUGAGCUCUUCGUCAACAGAGAUUGUCUCGCUGCAAGGUGCAAGGAAUGGGCACUUAAAUCGGAUCGGAUCAAAUGAUGUAAAUACGAGUAAUACUUCGUCAAUGACAAUUUCCGCAUUUUCACCACCCGACCAAAAUGUUAGCUUCGACAAUGAUGAGGCGAGAAGCCGUUCAGAGAAUACACGCAGUAGCAGCACCACCAAUGGUGAAUUUUCUUUUUUUACCGGCAACCGUAACCUACCCUCAUCUAGCCAUCCCGAAGCCACUCAGAGGCCGCCUUCUGUUACUCUAAGAAGUAAUGGCACCGCCGGUGUACGCCCAAGGCAGAGCCAUGCCACUCAGAGGCCGCCACCUGUCACUCCGAGAAGUAAUAGCACCAGCAGCGUACGCCCAAGGCAGAACCGCGACGUUCCACGCAGACCACAAACCACACAAUCUCGAUCUCGUAACAUGAAGGGUGCCACCCAAAGUUUAGCAAAGGAAACCAAGCUCUUAAAACACCGUUUGGAUCGUGUCCUUGACGUCUUUACAGAAACUGUCGUUUCUGUGGAGCAGAGCAGGGCCACCAAGCUCGAUUCACUUCGGGCCGAAAGGGCUCAACUCCUAGCAAGGGUACGAGUUUUGGAAAUCGAAACUGUCCACCAAGCUGCCGAGCUAGAGGAUAGUGACGAACUACUCAUCGAAAUGGAAGAACGACGAGUGUUGCUGACAAAAGAAGUUACGGUUUUGAAACAAAAAUGCUACUCGCUAGCAAAGGACGUUGUCAUUUUGAAGAAAUCUCUGGAAGCCUACAAGCAACAACAUCAAAUACCAAAUAAAAUGGAUAGUGCAGAAAAAGAUAAGCUUAUCAUUGAAAACAAGAAACUUGCAUUCGAAAACAAAUCGUUGAAACAGGAGUUGAGCGCCAAGGAGAGCAUAAUCCAUGAGCUAGGAUCCAAGCUGUACCAGGCCAAAAUGAAUCUCAUGAACAGAGAUGACGACAAAGAAAACAAGAGAACUACAAUCGUCAACACAAAACAAAACAUCUCUGCUGGGACAACGUCGGGAGGGAACAGCAAAAGCAGCAGCGAAAUAGCUACACCAAUGGGAAAGAAACAUACAAAAAAAUCGCAUAGCGUGACACUUCGCGGAAGUCAUGGCAAAAAAGGAAGUCCCAAUACUGGGAAAACGCGCACGUAGAUUCGCAUUUCAGUUACAAG